AUGACGACCAGGCAUGCUGAGAUUAAGGUGUGGACCUCAUAUCGCGAGGAGUUAACCAGUUGGUUGUGUCUUUUGGAUGAUCGGUAUGCAACAGAACUUGCAGAAGCUGAGACAAGCACUGUUGAGAUUCUGCAAGCCACCUUGGACGUUGGAAAGGCUGCGCGAUCAACGAAGUUGUGGUUUUUGCUUCGACAGUCAUUGGCCAAGUUUCAGAGAGCACAAGACAUCAUUCAUCUGGUGGAGAUCCAGCAGAAGGGUGCAUCAGCAGGAUACGAGUUUUGGAGACUGUUGAAUGCUGAGCUCUCAGUGCGUUCUCGUGAAGCAGUUUUGCACGUCUUGAAGUUUUUGGACGAAGAUGCGAAGCGCUACCUCUUGUUGCAUCAAACAACAUCUGGGUUGCAGCCAAUGAUGCGAGGUUUGCAGUUUUAUGAUGAGCAGUUGCGAGUGUCUUCUGGAAGCCAAGUCCAGGCUCCGAAUCCGAAAGCAACGGCAACUCAGCCAACCACGAAGGGAGAUGUUGGCAAGGGCCAGCGCCAGAGCCAGCAGAAAGGCGUUAGGACAUUCCUUGAGGGAUCCUAUUUUGCCAUGUCGAACUUUGCGGUUGACAGUUUUGCGAUGCCAGCAGUCUCAGCAAGCGGUGUUAAGCAUGAGGAAGGAGUUUUCUGGUUGCUUGACUCUGGAAGCUCUUACCAUGUGAUCAGCCGAGAGACCUUGGAUUGUGGCCAUGUGAAGGUUGGAAGCGACAUGCAUGCGACAGUUGAG